AUGUCUUCUGGGGAUGCUUCCUCCCCCCCCCAAAAUAAAUCAACUUCCUCAACUUUCGCAGAUGUCUUAAAGACGCUAGCAAGCGGACGCCCAAAGUCACAAUCGCCCGUGCCGCAUGGGAAUAGCAUUGGCGAACCAUUUCCACAACAGAUGGAUGGCCGAAGGGGUAGUAGAGUCACCUUUGGUUUCGAGUCAUUGCAUCGGGGAAACGCUUCCUCAACCAUCCCAGACUCCCAAGAGCUUCCCGAUUUUGAGACUUUACAAAGGGGGAUUAGCCAUGAACAACCACUUGCCGCCGCACUGGAAAUAGCAGAAACUGCAGCUCGUUCCUUACACUACUACAAUGCGGAGCAAGCAUUGUCGCUUUGGGAGUCAGGCAGCUAUCUCAUCGACUGCUCAAGCUCAGCUGAUGCCCGAAAAGCCGGUUCCAACCUUCUGGAGGCAAUAUGUCGCCGGCAAGACCUCUCUUUACCCACCCGUCAAAUUUUGUUCCAUUGUAUUUCGCAGUCCUUCCCGCCAGACGUGAUUCCCUCCCAAGUGAAUGCAUUGAUCUCAUUGUCGGACCAUGGAAGGAAGUUAGAUUUUACGGACAAACCUGUUUUGCCAACCAUUGCCUCUUGGAUAGUUCCUCUCUAUGCCACAGUCGCUUCGAUGCGUUCGAAAUUGAAGAAAUCCAAGGCACCACGUCAGAACGGUAACGGAGUAGAUGACACAGUUUUGGGAGACCUUUUUCAGUUGGUCAUCGACGUAAUUACCUUGCAGCGUUACCCUCCAAAUCCCAAUGAACUUGAGCUGCUUUUGGACCAAGUUUUUGCCAUUUGCAAGCAAACAACUGUGGCCAAUGACAUUAAAAAUUCCCUCUCUGUUUUUGAUGCGGUUAUUUUCACGUCGGACGUUCCUGACGCAAGUUUUAAUGGCUUGUUGGAGGUAUUAUGCAGCAUCCAUGCUUCUGUGAAGUCUCUAGCUGGUCCUACUUCACGAGCAGUUCGUAACUUGGCAAAAUCACGAAAACAGUCUGAAAUGGUGUCUUUGCUACAUGCCUUCCUUCUAGAAACAACGGAACGUCAAGAUCGAAAUCUCAAUGUUACUCGUGGCGCUGUUAAUAUUUUUAGGGAUUUGUUGGCUGCCUAUGGCCAGGAUGGAAUGCCAACUAUAUCUUUUGAUGAGCUGAUUGGCUCCCUUCUAAGUGCGGCUAAAAGAAAUGACGGCCGUGUCAACACCGAUAUUUUGGAUGUGUGCUUAAGUUUGCUACAAGGAGAAUAUUCCUCGACGACAUUGCAACAUACCUGGUCAGAUUUAACUCGCCUGAUUCUCACUUGUUCCCAGCGGGUUCUGGAUGCGGACGUUUCCCCCCUAAGUCCGGAUCCGAAAGCGCGACAAGCUUGCCCCUCAGGGUCCGGUGUGAUGGACGACUUGCAAUCAAAUCUAGCGGCAAAUAUCAAUCGUAUCCUUACCGCUAUACAAUCCAUUUGGCCGAAUAUGAAUGGGGAACAACGGCUACAAUCAAGUAGUCUAUUUGCCGCAGCGCAUAGUCAACUAAGUCCAGCACAAGCUCAACUUUAUUUCGAAUUUUGCAAAGCGGAAAGGCUUUGCUACCCGAAACACCCCGAAUGGGCACAUUUCUCCCGGGAACUUGUUAACAACUUUAUCCUCCCUCAAGAUAAGAACCUAGAAGUCCGCCUGCAAGCACUGAGCACAUUUGAAGAUGCCUAUAGGUCAGACAAUGCUGCCCGAUUGUUUAACAAAGAAGACUUCAUUUCAUCAUUGCUUGUUAGGUUUACUGAGGAACGCUCAUAUUAUUUCCUUGAUGCACUAGUGUCAUUUUUGGUGGAAGCAUCUGAACACUGCAACGAGGAUACUUUUAGGCUUUUGGUUGAAACAUUUGGCUCCCCUAUGGCCAAGGACGGUGAUAACGAACAAAGGUCAUCAACAACCGCCCCCUUAUCAAGGUCUCUUUCAUCUGCUGAUGUGUCGGAACCGUCAUUGGCAAAUGUCGUGACAAUUGGCUUGGUUAAAAUGUUUCUGAGGUCAUUGAAGGACGCCCCAGUGAAUGCCUCAAUUAUAUACGAGAAGCUUAUUGAAAUCGCUCAAUCACGAAGUAGGCCAAUCGACUCACGCUUGACCGCCCUCAAAUUACUUUUCCGCCUCCGUUGUGACUCCACCGGAUCCAUCUAUGUCAUUUCUUCCACAGAGAAUGAAUUCCUGAUCAGUGUAUUAUGCCGGACAGUUGAUCUUACUUCAAGAGCAAGCAUAAACGAAGAAUCUUCCUCAGAACGCACAUCAAAGACUGAGGAAAGCGCGUCACAGGCCCAAGGUGGUAGGUCAUCUUUGAAAGAACAAGCAUCUGUGCCCCUUCCCACAUCUAGCGGUCGAUCAAAUGCCCAAUUCCGCACUCUAAAAUGGACUCCACCUGUUUGGACUCAUGCCGAACCAAAGGGUCUGCCUGAAGACCCUCCACCGUUUGCCAGCAUUCAUACAGUUGCCUAUUUGAAUGACGUGGCCACUGAGCAACCAGAUGAAGCGAGGAAAAUCCCUCUCAGGAUAAAUCUGUGGUUGGAAACGGUCAUUUCACUUUUUCAACAGGAGAAAGAUUGGGAUGUUUACAGCUAUGUCCUCGCUCAUCUAGGGCCACAGUUGAUAAAUAGAGAUCUUUUCCAGAGUGCAGUCCCUCAGAUUAAGCUUCUCCGCAGUGUCCUCUGUGAACAAAUAAAGAAUGAAAGUUUUCUAGAGCCUCUUGGGUGGACUGGCGUGAGAAAAGCAGAUAUUGCUCUUUGUAUUCUCGACUCUCUUACCAUGCUAAUCAGUUUCCAUCAACACUUCGCAAAAAGCGAACAGGACGAAAUUGUGCGCACUUUUAUUCAGGGCAUCGGUUCUUGGGAAGGCACCUCGCGCGGCUGUAUACAUGCUUUGUCUGUCUGCUGCCAUGAGAUACCCCUUUCAGUGACUAAGGCUCUGAACGUAAUCGUUGAUAAAAUGUCAAAAAUAAUCACUCGAUCUAAUAUCGCUGCUCAUAUCCUUGAGUUUCUGGCCCUCCUCGCUCGAUUACCAGAUGUUUACGUCAACUUGCGAGAUCAGGAAAUACGGCCCCUAUUCGGGAUUUGUGUUCGAUAUAUACAAACGUCGAGGGAGAGGUAUAAGUCAGGUAAUCCUUUGAGCUUUCGGUCUAGUUCGUUACCUGCGCGGUUAAGCGGAGGAAUCAAAGAGCUGCCAUCAAUGCAGUCGACGGAGCCCUCGGACUCGACAAGUGCUGACGACCUCUCAAGAUAUGUCUACAUUCUAACAUACCAUGUUAUGGUUUUCUGGUUUCUUUCCCUUAAGCUCCAAGAUAGAGCAAACCACGUGAAUUGGAUCUCCAAACGUCUCAUCUUCACUGACGAUCAGGGAAAUCAUGUGGUCGAUGAGCAAAGCCAAGUCUUUAUCGAUUUCAUGCAGAGAGUGACGUUCUCGGACUUGGGGGAUACUAUUCCCUUUGAAAAGUUUCCAACCUCCGAGUCAGAUGGGCCUGUUAGCAAGAAGUCUUGGGUUGUUGGAAUGAGCAUCGUUACCAUUGAAACUGCGGGCGCUAGUGGAUUAAGUCAAGUUACGAAGAGGCAAGCAUCUGGAACGACGUAUGCUAUCUAUCAACAGCGAACAGCGCCAGUUCUGCCACACCAAAUACCUGUGUACCCCGGUUCACAUUCACUUAGCGACGGUCCUUCCUCACGAACGGCAAUAUUGCCAAGUCAUGUUCUUCUUCAAAUGACAACUACGGCCAUGCCCAUGCCGAUAAGCAUGCAGCCUAUACCUCUACCGGAUGACGAUUUCACCCGGCGGGCAAUCCGCACAUUUGACAGGAAUGACAUUGUCGAUGGCCAUAAAAUUGGGGUCAUCUAUAUCGGAGAAGGUCAAACUCAGGAGGCUGAAAUCCUAGCAAACGUGUCAGGGAGUCCAGAUUACGACUAUUUCCUCUGCGGUCUUGGAACAAAAGUUUCAAUCAAGGAUGCCAAAUUCAAUACUCAGGGAUUGCACAGCGACCAUGACGGCGAAUAUACAUAUGCAUGGCGCGAUCGAGUGACAGAAAUCAUCUACCACGUUGCCACAAUGAUGCCCACGAACCUCGAGACCGAUCCUCAGUGCGUUAAUAAGAAGCGACAUAUCGGGAACAGUUUCGUGAACAUCAUUUUCAACCGCUCCAACCUUGCUUUCAACUUCGACACCAUCCCGUCUCAGUUCAAUUUCGUCAAUAUCGUGAUCACCCCCGUUUGCAGGAUCAGUCCCUUCCACAACCUUAAUUCCGAACAGAAACCAACCGAUAUCCUCGACUUUAGCCGAUAUUUCUAUGUCGUCAAGGUAAUGACUAAAUCGGAUUUCCCAGACUUAUCCGCGUCCGCUGUACCAAAAGUUAUCUCCUGCAAAAAUCUUGCUUCCUUCGUCCGUAUUAUCGCACUAAACGCUUCAUUCUACUCGUUAGUCUCAAGCCGUGAUUCAGGUGAACACCUGUCAUCCUGGCACAACCGUCUCCGUGAGAUUCGGAGGCUACGAGAUCGUGCCACUGCAUCGGCAUCAAUAUCAGCACAAGGAGGGGUGGAGGGUACCACUGACGGCCCCAGUGAAGGAGGAACAUAUUCCCCAUACCGGCGGAAUACGAAAACUGUCACCCAACCCGAGGAACUGCCUAUCCAUCCAUCUGGAAAGUCAAACUCCUCUCCAAGCUCGGAAUGGGCGCCGCAACCGGAAACCAGCGUAUUCGCCAGCCUGGACUUUACAAAAUGGAGUCGAUGA